AUGUGUGGCCAGGCGGGCAGCCCGCGACCCACUGCGCCGGGCCAGCAGCUCCGCGCUCUCUUCUACGUGCUGCCGCCCGGCGAGAGCUCUUUCCGCACGGUGGAGGAAGUGCCCGACUACGUGGAGAAGAGUAUUCCAUUCUUCAUUGCUUUUAUUGCGCUGGAGUUUGCUGUCAAUUGGAUUCAGAAGCGUAAGCUGUCAGGUCGGAUCAAUGAUGGCAUAAGUUCUCUUUCUUUAGGUAUCCUAUCUCGACUGCCAGAUGUUUUAUUCAGAAGUGUUGAUUUAAUAAGUUAUAUCUACAUAUGGAAUAACUACAGACUCUUUGAACUGCCCUGGGACUCACCAUGGACAUGGUAUUUGACACUUCUGGGAGUGGACUUUGCAUACUACUGUUUUCAUCGCAUAAGCCAUGAGGUCAAUAUACUGUGGGCAGCGCACCAAGUACAUCAUAGUUCUGAAGAUUACAAUUUAUUCACAGCAUUGAGACAAUCUGUACUGCAGAAAUACACCUCCUGGAUUUUCAACUUGCCCAUGGCUCUUUUCAUUCCUCCUUCAGUCUUUGCUGUUCAUCUACAGUUUAAUCUACUUUACCAGUUUUGGAUACAUACAGAGGUUAUCACCAACCUUGGGCCUUUGGAGUGGAUUCUUAAUACUCCCAGUCAUCACAGAGUUCAUCACGGUAGAAAUCCUUACUGCAUAGACAAAAAUUAUGGAGGGACAUUCAUUAUCUGGGACAGGAUAUUUGGAACAUUUGAGGCAGAAGAUGCAAAAGUUGUAUAUGGCUUAACACAUCCAGUAAAUUCAUUUGAUCCCAUCAUGCUGCAGUUAUGUCCCUUGGCUCAUAUUUGGAACACAUUUUGGGCCACACCUGGAUUCUGCAAUAAGCUUUCUGUCAUAUUCAAAGGGCCAGGCUGGGGACCAGGCAAACCUAGACUUGGCCUUCCUGAGGAAAUCCCAGUGAUCACUGGAAAAGAAGUUCCCUUCAAUCCAAGUGUACCAGCAUAUCUUAAUUGCUACGCAGUUGUACAUUUUGCUGUAAUAAUUGACUUGUAUACUGAACUUCUUGGUAGCGUGACUGUGUUAUCACAGGCAACUAUUCUCCUGAGAAUUGGCUUUAUCAUAUUGUCCCUGACCUCUUUGGGAAUGCUUUUGGAGAACAGACUCAAAGCAGGAAUUUUGGAAAUCAUCCGCUGUUUAGCCUUCGUAGGUGUUUAUAAACUUGGCUACCUAAGGAGUCAGUUUCCUUCUUUGGGCUAUGUAUAUCAGGCCUUGUUUUCCCUCUGUACUGCGUUUUGGGGAAUACAAAUUAUGAAGCGGAUCACUUCAUCCAAAGAUAAACGGCACUGA